GAGAUAAACACACAUGGCGAAAAUGAGCAAAGAGACCAAACAGCGGCUGCAGCAGCUCUUCCAGUGCGGCCAGUUCGUCAUCCGAUGGGGCGUCAUCCCCACAGUGCUCUACCUCGGUUUCAAACGUGGAGCAGAUCCAGGAAUGCCUGAGCCCACGGUCUUCAGUUUGCUAUGGGGCUGAGAAACAUCUCCCCACAGCCAAUCCCUUCUCCUCUUCAAGACCACGUGACCCACCUCAGUGUUGGACUUAUUAUGGAUGUUAUUUUUCACUUUCCUGUUUACAACUCAACCUCAUAUCUGAGCAGUGAUGAACCAACGUCACCUGUGGCCAUAUUGUGUAUGGCUCUGUUAUAUUGACAGUAAAAGUAUGGAACGUGUUGGCAGCAGAGACGGAAGAUAUUUGGAUCAACUACAUGGAAUCAAAACUGCGUCCCUAAAAAAAGAAAGAAGCUGUGUU